AUGAGUACGGAACGAUCAUUCAGUGACGUCAGUGGGAGCGAUGAUGACGACUUUUUAGAUGCUUCGUAUGAUGAAUUUGAAGAGCAAGAGACAUUGGCUCAAGAUUUAGUACGUAGUGGCUUCUUUGAUACGGGAGAGAGUGAAACGCAACAUUUUCCACCGAUACCGAAACCGAUGUGUCCCAUUCCCUUGGAAAUUUAUUGGAACAAUUACAAACUGGAGGGACUGCCUCGUCUCUACUCGGUGGUAUGUUUCCCUUGUCUCAAUUAUUACAAACAAGAGGUACCGCAAGUCAACAAUUUCAACGGAUUUUGGACCAACUUCAAGUGA